UUGAUGAGUCACUCAGAUAUAAUACCCCUUGCAGCAAAAAAUGCGAUUGAUAUACCAGAGCAUUAAUGGUAUGCUAGGCAACGAAACGCGGAAAAGUGCGGCGAGAGGGGCGAGGGGUUCAAAAAGGGCGAAGGACGCCGAGAGGCGGCAAAGAGGCAACACCGAGCCGACGCAGCCACGUGCUACCGCAGAAUAUACAGAGUCUCCACCCAGUCGCUAAUCCACAAGCUGCCUUGCUUGUCCACACCGGGCUACCCACGUACGCAAGGAUGCGCGCGUCCGGUUGUUCGGGACAACACCAUAUCAGAAUGCCAAUAGGGUUCUUCCAAGCAUUAGAAAUUGCCCGAUAUUCAUGAAAAUCAUAUUUAUCUCCAUGCUUGACUUUUCACUCUGGUCAUGCAUAGGACUACAGUCAUUCAGUUAGGACUAGAGGACUCGGCAGUACCGCCGCCUCUAAACCUUCCGACUAGAGAUGUCCAACAAGAACAAGAUAGUCCACGCCCUCCAGAAACAAAAAGGGGCAAUCGUCUGAAGAGACAUUAUACUCUGAAUUUCAUCAAGGAGUCUCCUUGGUCUGUGUAUGAGAAACAUGUCGAUGUAUCUUACAAAACACCCCGACAUUCAUGCAUUGUGGCACAGAAGCGAAGCAAAGGCAAUGCCAGAGUUCAUAUCAAGAAGAUUGUAGAGCAUUCCAAAGAAGCCACUGCCAAUCGUCUGCUGCUGCUUCAGUCCGCUCCAAUUCUUUUCGUCCCCAUUCUCGAAGUUUACGAGCAACCAUCGUCUAUGUACCUUGUUUACGAGCUGGUCGAGCACACCCUCCAGGAUUUAGUUCGAAGCCAGCACUCCCUCGAGAUCAAAGAGCUAGGGGCCAUAGUGAAACAGAUUCUUGAAGGACUCAUCUACCUCGAAGUAAACGGGGUAGGGCUCCUGGACCUCGAGUGUGCGGAUAUUAGGUUCAGGCCAAACGGCUGCCUCCAGAUAGGAAGCUUCAACCUCCGCGACUGGACAGAAGACCAGAUCAGGCUCCGGACUUCCUGGCUGAAGUCGAUUACUUCUAGCCUGGUCCAGAAAACCACCGACGGUGUCACGGAACCAAAGCUGUGGCAUCCAUGCGCCAUGGAAUUUUUUGCUCUGAUCGAAAGUGGCGUCUCGUUGGAUCAGCUCUGUCGACAUGAACUGGUCGCAGAUUCUCCGGGCAAGAGUGUUCUUUCAAGGCUAUGGAGUAUGAUCAGAUACACCGUACUCCCUCAGCCGCUGGCCAAUAUGGUAGCGCUAUGUCCUGCAGCUUGAAUGCUUCGAUGCAUCCCAAAAAUGCGGGUUGUUAACUACACCGCUGCAAAUCAUGCGAGAAGUCAAGAUUGGUACAAUGCUACGCAUUGCUUUCUAUAUUCAAAAUCGACCAUUAAUCCAAGUUUAUGAUAUUUCCGAUAGUGAUAUGCUAGGCCCUUGACUUCUAAGUUGCCCCGGGUGAUGAC